AUGCGCGCCAACUUGCUUCUCGGGAUCGCCUUCAGCGGCUUUGCCGUUGCGAACUGCAAGCCCACCGAACCCGCUGGCCACAAGUGGCAGGCCGCGAAGCGAGGCGACAGCCGCUCCCCUUGCCCCAUGCUGAAUUCCUUGGCCAACCAUGGCUGGCUUCCUCGCGAUGGCAAGAACAUCGACCUGCCCAUGAUCCAGUCGGUCUUCGACGAAGCCAUGGGUUUCGACCAGGACGUCUUCAUCGGCAUCACGGAGGCUGCGCUGGCGGUGUCGACCACGGGCAACAGCUCGACCUUCAACCUCCAGGACACUGCAUACCACAAUGCCAUUGAGCAUGAUGGCUCGCUCUCGAGGAACGACAUCUUCUUCGGCGAUAACCUGCACUUCAACCCCCUGAUCUGGAUUGCCACCGCCGCGAGAUACGGAAUUCGCAUCCCGGGCAAGUCUUCCGUCAUCAGCGUAGAGACCGCGGCCCGCGCCCGCGCCGCGAGGGUCGAAGAUGCGAGGAGGUUCAACCCGGCGUUCAACCUGACCCAGGCCGGGUUGACCGCUAGCUAUGGCGAGACCAGUGUGCUCAUGACCGCUUUCUGGGACGAGCAGGCUGGCGGAGCCCCGAAGGACUACGUGAGGGUGCUUUUCGAGGAGGAGCGUAUUGCCUACCUCGAAGGCUUCAAGAAGGGCCAGCAUUCCUUAGCUGACUUGGUCAGCAUGAUUGGCGCCAUUCAGGCAGUCAAGGUCUGA